AUGUCAAAGCUUCUUCUUCAUACUUCUCACUUUACCUCAGUGCAACUCGGUACCUUCUCUACAAUUCUCUCCAAACCUCUUCCUCUACCAUUUCUCUCUACUCGCUUCUAUUCUUAUUCCUAUCUCCUUUCGUUCUCGAAACCUCGACCUCUCCUAAACUCUUUCCCCAAUUUAUGCACCCAUCGCAACCUCUCGGUUCGAGCUUUCGAUUCCGAACCCAAAAAUGAGAACGUCGUGACAGAGAAAGAGGACAAAACCGACAAUAUCGAAGCAGAGACCGAGUCUGUGGCCGAAAAUGGUGGUAAUGGGAGUUUAAAGGGUUCUGAUGUUGAGUAUCCGAGUGGUGAGGUUGAGUUCAGAGAGUUCGGUGCAUGGAAGAGGUUUAAUGUGAAGCUGAGAAUGCUUGUUGCGUUUCCUUGGGAGCGUGUUCGCAAGGGCAGUGUCUUGACCAUGAAAUUGCGCGGACAGAUAUCUGACCAACUAAAGAGUCGUUUCUCUCCAGGAUUAUCUCUACCUCAAAUUUGUGAGAACUUCACAAAAGCGGCAUAUGAUCCUCGCAUCUCUGGAGUUUAUCUACAUAUUGACCCCUUAAGUUGUGGAUGGGGUAAAGUUGAAGAAAUUCGGAGGCAUAUAUUAGACUUUAAAAAAUCAGGUAAAAUCAUUGUCGGUUAUGCUCCUGCAUGUACAGAGAAAGAGUAUUACCUCGGCUGUGCUUGUGAAGAGCUAUAUUUCCCUCCAAGUGCUUAUUUCUCUUUGUAUGGCAUGGUAGUUCAGUCUGGUUUCCUUGGAGGUGUUCUUGAGAAAGUUGGGAUUGACCCACAAGUUCAAAAGGUUGGUAAAUAUAAAGGUGCUGGGGAUCAACUUGCACGCAAAAAUAUGUCUGAAGAAAAUCGUGAGAUGCUUACUGCAUUGCUUGACAACAUCUAUGGAAAUUGGCUAAAUAAAGUCUCUCUUACAAAAGGAAAGAAAAGAGAAGAUCUUGAAAAUUUCAUUAAUGAAGGGGUUUACCAGGUGGAAAGGCUGAAAGAAGAUGGCUGGAUAACAGAUAUAAAAUAUGAAGAUGAGGUUCUCUCAAUGUUGAAAGAGAGGCUGGGAACUAGGAAGGAUAAAAAUCUGUCGACAGUUGAUUACAGGAAAUACUCUGCAGUUAGGAAAUGGACUCUUGGUUUAUCUGGUGGUAAAGACAAAAUAGCUGUACUCAGAGCCUCCGGGAGCAUAAGUCGUGUAAGGGGUCCAUUUAGUCUACCUAGUUCGGGUAUUGUUGCUGAGCAAUUCAUUGAGAAGAUUCGUAGCGUAAGAGAGUCGAAAAGGUAUAAGGCCGUCAUCAUCCGAAUUGAUAGUCCUGGAGGUGAUGCUCUUGCUUCUGAUUUAAUGUGGAGGGAAAUCAGACUUCUGGCUGCAUCUAUACCUGUCAUUGCAUCAAUGGCUGAUGUGGCGGCUAGUGGAGGAUACUAUAUGGCAAUGGGGGCUGGGAUUAUAGUUGCAGAGAAUCUUACAUUAACAGGUUCAAUUGGAGUUGUCACAGCAAAGUUUAAUUUGGGAAAUCUAUAUGAAAAGAUUGGUUUCAACAAGGAACUGAUAUCUAGGGGAAGGUUUGCUGAGUUUCCUGCAGCUGAUCAGCGACCGUUAAGACCAGAUGAAGCAGAACUCUUUGCCAAGUCUACACAACAUAUAUAUGAACAGUUUCAAAAUAAGGCAGCCUUGUCGAGAUCAAUGCCUGUAAAUAAAAUGGAGGAAGUUGCGCAAGGGAGAGUUUGGACUGGUAAUGAUGCUGCUUCUCGUGGUCUUGUUGAUGCUAUUGGUGGGUUCUCUCAGGCUGUCGCUAUUGCAAAACAGAAGGCCAAUAUACCCCAGGACAGACAGGUUACUCUAGCUGAGAUGUCAAGACCUUCUCCUUCCCUACCAGAAAUCCUGAGUAGCAUAGGGAAUUCUGUGGUUGGAGUUGACAGAACACUGAAGGAACUGCUGCAAGACUUAUCAUGCUCUGAUGUAGUUCAGGCCCGGAUGGAUGGGAUCAUGUUUCAGAAAUUUGAGGGGGAUUCUUAUAUCAAUCCAGGACUGGCUUUGAUAAGAGACUACCUUAGUUCUCUCUGACCUCAGAUGCCUCUAUCCGUGGUUUGGAGCUCGUGUUUUUCUUCCUUACUCUUUCUUCUUCUGAUAUGUGGAUCCUGGGGCGGUUGUGCAGAAGAGGAUCUUGAUGGUAUCUCGACCCCAGGUGAGGGGUGUGAAAGGAUCUUACCCCGUCCAAGGGAAGGAGGCAAGAUAGAUUGUUAAACAUACACCAGCCACCUUUUUUUUUUU